AUGGUAAAAAAUCACUUAACAACCACAACCACAACAACUGAUAAUAGCCCUAUCACUAAUAAUAAUAAUAAUAACACCUUCCUAUCUAACAAACCUAGACGUAAAUCAAAAUCAUCAAUAAGAAAUCGCAACCAUCAUCGACACGGUAAAUCCUUAUCACCAAAUUUAUCAACCACCACGACCACCACGGCCACCAUGGCCACGACGACCACGACGACCACGACGACCACAACCACCACUUCCUCUUCUAAUGCUAGACCAAAACCAAAAAUGAUCAAACGAAGAAAUUCAUCAUUUGCUAAUUCUUCAUCUCCAUGGUAUAGACGUAAUUCUUUUUUAUCAAAAUCAAUGAUUCAAAAUGAAAUUUUCCAAGUUUAUGAAAGUCCUUAUUAUUAUACCACAACAACUAAGAGAAACGCGGCGUAUAGUAUUAUUUCAUUAAAAGAAUGUCAAGGAUUUAUAUUUAAUCAAGAUUUAUUUGCUACACCUUUCCAACAACUGAGAAGUUUGGCUAUUGAAAAAACACGAUUAUUAAGACUAAAGAAACAACAAAGACAACAACAAGAAAAGGAGAAUAAGAAGAAGAAUAAGAAUAAGAAUAAGAAAGGGUCUGAGAUGAUUGUACAAAAUGACCAUGAUGAUGAUGAUGUUGUUGUUGUUGAGGGUGAUUGUUUUAGAAGACAUAGUAGUUAUCAUCCUAUGAGACCUAGACUUAUCAGUAUUGUUGAGAAUAACCAUAAUCAUAAAGAUAAAAGAAAUAGUAUUGAUAAUGACAAUGCAAUAAUUGAUGAAGAUGAAGAAGAGAAGGAGAAGAAAGAGGAAGAUAACAAAGAGGAAGAGGAGGAGGAGGAGGAGGAAGUUGUUAGUAUGGAUAUAGAUAUGGAAGAAAAUGAAAACAACAAUAACAACACUGAUAAGGAGAAGAAGGAAGAAUCAAAUACUAAUUCAAUUAUUUUCCACAAUGACGAGGAUGACCAACAUGAUGAUCAUGAAAUUAAUAGUGAUGCUAUGCUGAUAGAUUCAAUUGAUUCAAAUGAUGAAUUAGAAGAACCCGAAGAAGAAGAAGAAGAAGAAGAAGAAACGAACAACACUUAUAUCAAUGAUUAUGAAGAAAUGGAAGGAUAUGGAGGUGAUAAUAAUAGAAGAUAUAAAGUUCAAGUUACAGAAAUCAUUAUUAAUGAAAAUGAUAAUAAUAUUUUUCCCGAAUAA